AUGAGGAUAGUGGGACUGACUGGUGGAAUUGCUUCUGGGAAGAGUACCGUCUCAAAUCUCUUUAAGACCCAUGGCAUUCCAGUGGUUGACGCCGAUCUUGUUGCUCGAGAUGUAUUAAAGAAGGGCACUGGUGGCUGGAAAAAGGUUGUUUCAGCAUUUGGAGAGGACAUUUUACGACCUGAUGGAGAAGUUGAUAGGCCUAAACUGGGGCAAAUUGUAUUCUCUAAUCCUGUAAAGCGCCAACUUUUGAACCGACUACUAGCUCCUUACAUAUCAUCUGGAAUCUUUUGGGAAAUGUUGAAGCUAUGGAUGAAGGGUUUUAAGGUUAUUGUUCUUGAUGUCCCUCUGUUGUUCGAGGCCAAGAUGGACAAAUGGACAAAGCCCAUUAUUGUCGUAUGGGUUGAUCCUGAAACACAGGUCCAGAGACUCAUGUUAAGGGACAGAACAAGUGAGGAUGAUGCUCAAAAUAGGAUCAAUGCUCAGAUGUCACUUGAUCUAAAAAGGACCAGGGCAGACAUUGUGAUUGAUAACACUGGAUCACUGGAGGAUUUGAAAGAACAGUUUCAGAAUGUCCUAUUUGAAGUUACAAAGCCCUUGACAUGGACUGAAUUUGGGCUUUCUAUACAAGGAGCCGCGUCUGUUCUUGUUUCCAUUAUUGUAGGUGUUCUUAUAUUCAGAAAAGUUUAUAGUACUGGGAGUUUGUAG